AAUUAAUUGUGGCUAAAGCUGUCUCUAUAGCUGCCUCUGCUGCUCUGCGCCGCCGACCCGCCCGGCUGCCGCUGUCCCCCCCGGGCUUUGGUGGAAGCGGGGGGACCGGGCACCAUGCAGGAGUGCUUAGCGGGGCGGUGAUUGUGCUCAGUGGCUCCGAGCGGGGAUCGGGGUUUGUUUUUCCUCUUCCCUCCCCGGCGGCUCCUGUCCUUGCUACAUGCCUUGCCAGCGCCUGCGACUGCGGUCCAACUGCACUGCUGCUGCUCCAGCCCGGGGUGCCGCCACCUCGCUGCCCAGCGCGGCCGCCGCCGCCACCUCCACCGCCACCCCGCGCACUGCUCCCUGGGCCGCUGCAGCAACUUUCCCCCACAGACUAGUGUGUGAUGUUGGACAUGGGAGAUAGGAAGGAAGUGAAAAUGCUGCCGAAAUCCUCUUUUAGCAUAAACAGCCUGGUGCCUGAAGCCGUCCAGAGCGACAACAACCACAACAGCCACAGCCACCACCACAACAGCCACCACCCCCACCACCACCAUCACCACCACCACCACCACCACCCGCAGCAGCAGCAGCCUCAGCGAGCUGCCCCUGCCGAGGAGGAAGAGGAGAAGAGCCAGCUCCUCCUGCAGCCCCCCGUGGUGGCGGCUGCGGCGGCGGCUGCGGCCACCACCUCUGGCACCUUGGAGGUGGCCAAGGAAAUCCUUCCGGGCAAGGGGGAGCCGGGCUCGGCCGCGACAGCCGCAGAGCUGGAGGAGAAGGAGAAAGCGGCGGAGGAGAAGAAGGGGGCGGCGGAGGGGGGCAAGGAAGGGGAGAGCGGCAAGGAAGGGGAGAAGAAGAACGGCAAAUACGAGAAGCCCCCGUUCAGCUACAACGCGCUGAUCAUGAUGGCCAUCCGGCAGAGCCCCGAGAAGCGCCUCACCCUCAACGGCAUCUACGAGUUCAUCAUGAAGAACUUCCCCUACUACCGGGAGAACAAGCAGGGCUGGCAGAACUCCAUCCGCCACAACCUCUCCCUCAAUAAGUGCUUCGUCAAGGUCCCCCGCCACUACGACGACCCGGGCAAAGGGAACUACUGGAUGUUGGACCCUUCCAGCGACGACGUCUUCAUUGGGGGGACCACGGGCAAGCUCCGCCGGAGAUCCACCACCUCCCGGGCCAAGCUGGCUUUCAAGCGAGGUGCUCGGCUCACCUCCACCGGACUGACAUUCAUGGAUAGGGCUGGAUCUUUGUAUUGGCCUAUGUCCCCUUUCCUCUCCCUGCACCACCCCCGGGCCAGCAGCACUUUGAGUUACAAUGGGACCACGUCCGCCUACCCCAGCCACCCCAUGCCCUACAGUUCAGUGUUGACUCAGAACUCUUUGGGAAACAACCACUCCUUUUCCACGUCUAAUGGGUUAAGUGUUGAUAGACUAGUCAAUGGAGAGAUACCUUAUGCCACUCAUCACCUCACAGCAGCAGCUCUGGCCGCCUCAGUGCCAUGUGGCUUGUCAGUCCCCUGCUCUGGCACCUAUUCCCUAAAUCCUUGCUCUGUAAACCUUCUAGCAGGACAGACAAGUUACUUUUUCCCCCAUGUUCCUCACCCUUCAAUGACUUCUCAAAGCAGCACUUCAAUGACGGCCAGGGCAGCCUCCUCCUCCACGUCUCCACAGGCGCCCUCCACUCUCCCUUGUGAGUCCUUAAGACCUUCUUUGCCAAGUUUUACAACAGGACUUUCCGGGGGACUUUCUGAUUAUUUCACACAUCAGAAUCAGGGGUCUUCUUCAAACCCUUUAAUACAUUAACAUCCAUGGAACCAGACUGUAAGUGAACAUUUUACACACAUUUGCGUUGUAAAUGAUAAUUAAAAGAAAAACAGAAAAGUCCAGGUAUUUUUUAUUAAGUCCCCCAUUUUCUGUACGUUUGUUCAGUCUUUAGGGUUGUUUAUUAUUCCAACAAGGUGAGGAAUGUCAGCAAGGUGCAAUGUGGGGAGAUGACAUUGUAGACUAUGAAGUUUGGAAGUCAAAAUUAUAGUAGAAUGUGUAUCUAAAUAGUGACUGCUUUGCAAUUUUUAUUCAAAAGUCUAUCCCUAAGCCUCCAGAUUUUCCAUGUUUGCAGUAUUAUAAGUUAUCAUGGAUAUGUUGGUGGAUGCAGAUCUUGAAAAAAUACUAAAUUUAUUAAAACAAUGGAAAAAUUAAAAUGUAAUUUGUAUUUAAGCAGAAGUAAUAGUAAAAGAUGCCCAAGAACUACAUUUUGGCCAUUGAUUAUUUUGUCCUUUUCUUUAAUGAGCUGAUUUUUUGAUUUUUGUUUACUUUUAGACCAAAGAUUGGGUUUUAGAAAAUGCACUCAGUGUACUAAGUAAUUUAAAACAACAACAUUGUUUCAGCUUGCAGCACUGCCCAUUCAAAUAAAUCAGAAGGGGACAAAAUUAAUGAUUGCCUUCAGUUUGUGUUGUGUAUAUUUUGAUGUAUGUGGUCACUAACAGGUCACCUUUAUUUUUUUUUCUAAAUGUAGUGAAAUGUUAAUACCUAUUGUACUUAUAGGUAAACCUUGCAAAUAUGUAACCUGUGUUGCGCAAAUGCCGCAUAAAUUUGAGUGAUUGUUAAUGUCGUCUUAAAAUUUCUUGAUUGUGAUACUGUGGUCAUAUGCCCGUGUUUGUCACUUACAAAAAUGUUUACUAUGAACACACAGAAAUAAAAAAUAGGCUAAAUUCA